AUGGCUAAUUUUUAUCGAGAUGCUCUAAGUGGACAGGGUGGCCAAUGCGUUAGCUCGCGUACCUUUCGAUGGGACCGGGAAAGCCGAACGAGACGGAAUUUACAUCAAUUCAUUUGGGCUAAAUUUGUUGCCAGCCCAACAAGAAAGCAAUCGAAACCGGUUUACCCUUACCCGGUGGUAGGUCGUAGUGAAUGUUGCUUCACUUCUAGCACUCAAUCUGCUUCUCAUGCCUACCCCUCCUAUCUACAAACGGUCACACGCUCAGUCAAUCCCAAUUUGUGCUUAGCUGCUGGAAAUUCUAGAUUUUCAAUGUCCGAAACCACAAAGUGA